AUGUCUGAAACCGGUGAUAGUAAACCAUUAGAGGCCCCUAAGGCAGCAGAAGCUACUUCCAAACCACCAACAGCAUCUGUGUUCUCGAUGUUUGGUGGCAAGAAAAGCGACGCUCCAAAGAAGGAACCAGAAGAAAAAGAAGGUGCUGAGUCCAAGAGCGAGAAGAAAGCGGAUGCAAAUGAUGAGGACGAGUCCCCAGAGUCUCCGGAUGUUCAUUUUGAACCAAUCGUCCAUUUAGAGAAGGUUGAUGUUAAGACCAUGGAAGAAGAUGAAGAGGUGCUGUAUAAGGUUAGAGCCAAGCUGUUCAGGUUUGAUGCGGAAGCUAAGGAAUGGAAGGAGAGAGGCACUGGUGACGUUAAAUUUUUGAAGAGCAAAACCAGCGGGAAGGUCAGAUUACUGAUGAGAAGGGAUAAAACUCUGAAAGUUUGCGCAAACCAUAUUGUUGCGCCUGAAUACGUUUUGAAGCCAAACGUGGGCUCUGAUAGAUCCUGGGUUUAUGCAUGUACCGUGGAUGUUUCUGAUGGAGAACCAGAGGCGUUUACUUUUGCCAUCAGAUUUGGCUCCAAGGAAAAUGCUGACAAGUUCAAGGAGGAGUUUGAAAAAGCCCAAGAAAUGAAUAAGAAGGCCUGA